AUGGCGUCGUUUCCGAUUUUAUUACUGCCAGUUCUCUUGCUCGCCGCCCUCUUUUCUACACCUGUACUGUGCUACAUCAAUCCAUCUGCCACAAGGGUUCAACAGGAUGCUGCACAAGCCUCUGCUUACCGCACUUACAUCGUGUUUGUCGAGCCACCGCGUUCAGAUACAGGAGAAGACGCUCACCGCCGUUGGCAUGAGUCUUUCUUGCAAAGCUCGCGUGCCGGUGAAUCUGCGGAGUCACGUCUUCUCCAUUCCUACAGCGAGGUGUUCAGUGGCUUUGCCGCGAGGCUCACCCGGGCUGAGGUCGAUGCGGUGGCGAAGAAGCCAGGGUUUGUGCGCGCAUUCCCAAGCCGUAAGCUGCACCUCAUGACCACGCACACGCCGGAGUUCCUCGGGCUGAGGAAGGGCACCGGGGUCUGGAGCGCCGCUGGCUACGGCAAGGGAGUCAUCAUCGGGCUGCUCGACACCGGCCUCCACGCAACGCACCCUUCCUUCGACGAUCACGGCGUCCCGCCGCCCCCCGCGAGGUGGAAGGGCUCGUGCAAGGCGGCCCGCUGCAACAACAAACUCAUUGGCGCCAGGUCAUUUGUUGGAGACGAUGACUCUGGCGAUGAAGUGGGGCACGGGACGCACACCUCAUCCACAGCCGCCGGGAACUUCGUCCGACGCGCGUCGUACCAUGGCCUUGGCAUGGGCACUGCGGCAGGGAUAGCUCCCGGCGCCCACAUCGCCAUGUACAAGGUGUGCCGCCCUACUGGAUGUGAUGAUUCAGACGUACUAGCUGGGCUUGACAUGGCCAUCAAGGAUGGUGUGGACGUGCUCUCUCUUUCCAUGGGCGGCGACAUGGGCAUCCGCUUUGAUCUGGACCCCAUUGCCAUUGGCGCAUUUAGUGCCGUAUCCAAGGGCAUCGUCGUGGUUUGUGCGGGCGGCAACAACGGCGACUGGGAUAGCACGGUUGUCAACGACGCGCCGUGGAUUCUCACUGUCGCUUCCGGCUCGGUGGACCGCAGCUUCAGCGCUGAGCUGCAUCUUGGCAAUGGCAAGCGCAUCCACGGAGAAGCGCUUACCCAGAAGAAGAAUGCAAAGGCAAGCACCAGGUCAUCGUACCCUCUCGUCUUCUCUAAAGCACGUCGGUACUGUGAUUACCACAAUGUCAGUUCCAUUGCCGGCAAGAUCCUCAUUUGCGAGGCCAUAAUGACCAAGACUCAGAAGUCCGACAUCCGCAACAUAAUGGGUGCCGGUGCAGCUGGCGUGGUGUUGUUCAACGAUGAGACCAGUGGGUACACAACACAGCUGCAGGAUUACAACUCUAGCGUGGUGCAGGUAACGGCGGCCGAUGGCCUUAUUCUCACAUCCUAUGCAACGUCAAGAGAGCGCAGGCCCGUGGCUGCUUUCACCUACAAGAACACAUUGCUUGGCAUCCGCCCAGCACCCAUGGUGUCGUGGUUCUCUUCACGGGGUCCAAGCUCGAUUUGCAUCGGCGUCAUCAAGCCGGACAUAUUGGCGCCCGGGCUCAAUAUCCUAGCCGCUUGGCCACCGAAAGCGGACUCCGAAACAGGUCCUUUCAACAUCAUAUCCGGCACAUCUAUGGCGACACCUCACAUUAGCGGUGUCGCCGCGCUUAUCAAGAGCAUUCAUCCUGACUGGUCACCCUCCGCCAUCAAGUCUGCCAUCUUGACAACAUCGGAUAUCGUUGACAACACUGGCGGCUCGAUAUUGGAGCAACUACACAUGAAAGCUAGCGUGUACGACACAGGUGCCGGGCAUGUGAACCCUGCGAUAGCCGCGAACCCUGGUCUGGUGUACGACCUGAGCAUCACCGACUACGCAGGUCAUAUUUGUUCGUUGCUCGGUGACCAUGGCCUGGCGAGAAUCGUGCGCAACUCAAGUCUCACUUGCGCGAUGCUACCAAAGGUUAAGACCGCGCAGCUCAACUACCCGACGAUUACUGUGCCACUUGCAUCGACGCCUUUCACCGUGAAUCGCACUGUGACGAAUGUCGGACCAGCAACAUCGACAUACACGGCGAAGGUGGAUGUGCCCAGUACAUUGGUGGUGCGCGUCUUCCCCAAGACACUAGCCUUCUCCAAGGCUGGAGAGAAGAAAACAUUUAGCUUGACGGUGAGCAGCCACGGAGUAGGCAAACAAGAAUUUGUGGAGGGAAGCUUGAGAUGGGUGUCAAAGAAGCAUGUCGUGCGGAGCCCCAUCGUCGCCAGAGCGUUGGUCCUUCGUCCGCCGCGCUAG